UAAAUUUUUCCUGGGUUUGAUUAUUUAUUAUUGGAUCAAUGGAGAUUCUAAUAUAUAAAGUUAAGCACCUUUUUUCUCCCUUAAAAAAUUAAUAUUUUAACUGCUCGGCAGUGAUAUGAUUUGCCUUACAGUAAUUUUAUCCCUCGUUUUUCGAAAAGCGUUUUACCGCAAAAGGCUUCGCGUCUAGAUGCAGCUGUAUAAAUAACAUCCCUUUACAAGAGUUACAAUCCAUUGAGCUAAUAAUCUCCUCCUCUUUGCAUAUUUUUUGCUUGUUCGUUACCUUUCUUUAUAAUAAGGUGCCCUCACCCUAGGUUAUGGUUCUAACAAAAAUUAGGGAUUUGGCAAAGUUGAAAAACUGAGAUGUUCAAGGCCAUAAAAAUGAUAUAAUUUCUAAUUGCUUGUGGCGUGACAUAACACAAUUACGGAGUUUCAUACUGCGCAUAAAUUUUCAGUUUGUUUUACUUUGCUUUGAUAGCUCAAAUAACUUUGAUUCUGUUUUUGUGGAGAUAAGCCAGCAAGCAAAACGAGCUGAGAGCAAGGGAACCCUCUUUGCCAUUUAGGCGAGCAAAAAUAUUUCUUACUGAGGAACUUUUUGCGGAGCUAAGCCCAUUUGCCAUUUAAGAGGGAAAAUAUUUCUUACCAAGGAACUUUUUAAAAAGUUAGUCAGGUGUCAACUUAUGACCUUUAGUCCAUUUCCUUUGGCUGGCGUAUUUCCAAGAAGAAAUUUCUUGCGUACUGGGUCUGAAGUGACUUUUUGGCGGGAAAUAUACAAAUCAAAAUUGGAAAUCGAUUACGACGUUUAAAAUUUCUUCUUUUAAAGAAGAGAAGGGAAAAAAUAACCGUCAACAAUAAAAACCGCUGAGAAAAGUUAUAAAGUUUUGUAUUAUUUUCGCGUGUUUUGUAAUGGCUCCUCGAAUUAAGUUUAAAGAAAUGCAGUUUGUGCUUUUAAAGAGGGAAAAAGGAGAAAUGAACUCAGAUAUUUCGAGGGAUGCAUAUCGAAGCAGCUUUUGUCGUAUCGAUUAGUUUAUCGAUAUUGUUCUUAACGAUAUUUGGGUGGCUUGUUGCCUGUAAAUCUUGGCGAGAACGCGACGGGAUAUUGUUAUAUGAUGCAUUUAUCAUUGACAGCUUGUUUAUGCUGUGCACAAUUCUUUUGUUUACUGGCACAAAGGGCGAAAAAAUAUUUACAAACAUGUAUGUAUUCCUUUCUUUGAUAUCAGGAGCAAACCGUUCUCUCAUUGCCAUAAACAGGUACAUCGUAAUCACGUAUCCACUUCACUAUGAAACAAUUCUUAGCCGCUUAAAUUUGAAAAGAUUAGUUAUUUUACUUUGGGUAUCAACUUCAAAUUUUGCUGUUUUAUCGUGUCUGUUCAGCAACUCAUGGUUGCCACCAUCACGUGACCUCCAUCUUAUGUUUUUCGCGCCUUGGUUAAAAACGGGAGUUCUUGUCGCGGUUGUUGUGAUGCAUGGUAUAUUUGUCAUUUUCAUUACCGUUAUGGAGUUCUUGUCGUGGCGAACAGAUAUGGGGUUCCAAAACAAAGUUUGUUCCAUCAUCAUUGGGCGAAUGAGAACACUGUUUUGGAAUCCCUACCAGUCAUUUGAUGUGCAUGUGCAAGAUGAACAUGAAACACGAGAUCGUAAGUGUAUAGGAACUACCAGCAUGAUACUUCUCCUGUUGCGCAUUAUAAUCAUCGCAACAUUUCUUGGUACGCUGUCACACUUUUUGAUUACAGGCACAGACGUGUUCAGGGAAGCCCACUUUAAAGUGAUAUGUCCAUUGUCAAACAUUUUAAUGACGUUGAAGCCACUGAUAACUAUUUUCGAAAACGUAAAAUCAGAAGAUUCUAAGGCGCUAAAACACUCACUGAUUCAAGUUUGCUGUAGAAAGAAUCAACAAGUGGAUGCGUCGUUGCGGUUAACUCAAGUGACGUCAGAGUUGCCAGAUCCUAGUCUUCUUGGGUUUAGUCCAGAGUUCGGAAGGAUGACUUCUGAACAUCGGGAAGAGAUUCUUCAGUUGAGGCGAGAUUGUCUUGAGUUUAGAAGGAAAAAACAGCUUAGGUCAUUUAAGCAUUUGGAAUGCCCUUUAUCCAUGGAAACAGUUCUUUAG